GGGUGGCAAACAAGAGUGCUGUACUGUCGUGCCAACAUAGUCAGUGCUCAAAGUUGUCUCCCUGUUUCAACCUUGCCAGCCCAAACGAGGCUUUGCUACUUGGGGAGCUGCCAAGGUGGGAUGAUCUUUUUCACUUCAUCCUUCUCAUUCCCAAUCAUCAUCAUUCACCAACAUCAUGAAAGCUCAAUGUGUUAAAUAGCAUGAAGGAGAUGAUGUUGAACCCAUAGCAUGCAAAAACAUUCUUUAAAAAGUAGGCUACUGGCCGCAAAUGAUGAAUUACUAAAGAAUGAACAGUGAUGAGUUUGACAAAUAAAUUAGCACCAAAAUUGACUCUGUGAUGUUGUGGGAAACUAACUUGGGUUUCAAGAAAAAAGGAAACAAACUAGAUUCCAUAAUAACUCCUUGUACAACAGGGGGUUUGGGAGGCAGUGUUUGGGAGUGCAGGAAGACAGAGAAUCAGGUUUAUUUGCAUGUUUUAAUUGUUGCGGUUGCGGAAUAUUUGUUUUGAAAUUGAGAUGGGGAUACAGGAAAUGAGGGGGUUUAAGAACCUCUGUUAAAAAAAAAAAAGAAUAUAUCUGCAGAUUUGUUUCCAAAACUAAGUUAGGGGAUGUGUUUAGGUGCCACCCCUGAUCCCUUUGUUCCCCCAACUGACUGUCACCAUUUCAUUUUCUAAGAUUUAGCUAUUGUUAAACUAAAAUUAAAAUUACAUGUAUUUUCUUUGAAUAGAAUGUUUCCCUCCCUGCUCCAAUGGUGGAAUCUGUUUACCUGGCAAUAUUUGCAAAUGUGACCAGGGCUUUACCGGAGUUUUAUGUCAGAACAGUAAGUAGCUGUGUCUAAAUUUAAAAAUUGAAUUUUAUUGUAUCCUGGCUUUGAAUUGAACCCAUCAAAAUAUAAUAUAAGAUGAUUUUAAGCAAUGAGUGCUUCUAAGCCUGAAGUACUUUCCACUAUGUCAUCUGUCUUUUGUUUAAUAAAAUUAUUGACUUACAGAAAUGUGUGAGAGUCCGUGUUUGCAUGGAGGCGUCUGUGGCCCUGAUGGUGUUUGCAAAUGCACAGUAAACUACACUGGGUCUUAUUGCCAAGACCGUAAGUUGAAACUUUUUUGUAUGUAUUUCAGUCAACAUGUUGAGGUAAAUUAUUUUGAUGAAGAAAAAGUAUUCAUUUCUGUGUUUGGAUCAACUAUUAUGUAUAUAAAUUUCCUCAAAUAGAAAUUUAUUUUAUUUUUUUAAAUUGUUAUUGGUAUUGGGUUACCCUUAUUGAUCCCCAAUGAUGUUUGUAUAUAAUUUGAGUCAAGUUGUUUUUUUCUACUCGUCUUAACAGCUGUUUGUGUAUUACCUUGUCAACAUGGAGGUCAGUGCGUCCUGCCUGGUCAGUGUGAAUGUCCUCAUGGGUAUUCUGGUCCUUCAUGUGAUGGUGAGUAAUAAUAAUAAAUGGAUUAUAAUUAAUCAAAAAUAUGUUAAAAAGUGAAUGUUUAUCUUAAUCUGUGUCAUCUCUGAUUGGUUGCUUCUCUGAGAUAAUAAUUUCUUUUUUUGUGUUCAUGGCUUAUUCCUGGAGUUUUAAAAAAAAAUUCCCAAACAUAUUUGUGGGAAAUCUUUUGAGUUUCCACGACAUCACCUUUAUGUUUUAUCUAUAAGGAAACAUAAUAACAAAUCAUCCCCAAAUCUCAGAAUGUUAGUCACAAUUCUCUAAUUAACCUGGGCAUUUCAUUUUGAUUAUUUGUCUUUAUAAUGAUCUUUUAUGGGUUUUUUUUUUAAAGUGAGGUGCAGUUUUGCGUGUCAGAAUGGUGGCCAGUGUAUUGGUCUGAACAUCUGCAGAUGUAACAGGCUUUAUUCUGGGACAGACUGUUCUCAACGUAAGUCACAGAAAUAUUUUUUUUGUUCAUAGGUGUGUGAACAUCUGUUGACGGUCCUACAUCCUAAUUGAUUUAUUUUUGUACAGUGAUGACCACUUUAAAACCUCAUGCAUAACAAACAAAGUGAAGAGUUAACAAACAAUAAAUUUUGUUUUAUCCAAAAAUAUUUAAACAUUGUCUCUAAACGAGUUGUCAUCUCAUCUCACUUGCAAUGUGCAUGGGUCAUACAUUGAGAUAGAAGUGUUGCAAUAAUGUUUUUUUUUUAAACACGUGUUUUCUAGCCGUCUGCUCAAGGGGAUGUUAUAACGGGGGGCGAUGUGUGGCACCCAACCUCUGCUUAUGUCCACUUGGAUUUUAUGGGAAAAGAUGCCAAAAAGGUAAUUAACAUUUAGCAUGUAAAAUUUAUGUUUUAUAUAAGAUAGACCUGUCAGGUGUUUGUUUGAUAUAAUGGAAAUUAACAUUGAAUUAUCCAGUGUAUUGAAAGGGACAGAAACUUAAUGUUAAAAAGCUAUUUAGUCAAAUUUCACAUUUUACGUACACACCUUCACCCCAUCCCCACUCCCCAAGCUGUGAAGUAAAUACCUUUAUGACAUAUUUUAGCACAAUCAAAUAAAUGACAAGUGUUGCUCUUGCUAUUAAAAGUACCUGUUUCCCAUAAUUUUCUGAAAGAUUCUUUGUGAACCUUGUGAGUCUUUAACUUGAAAGUUAGUGAGAAUUCAAUAUAUGGCAUCCUUCCGUCUUCCCCGAGACGAUGGAGUAGCUAUGUUUCCAUUUAACAACAGCACAUCCAAUGUGCAGAAAAUGAUAUGCAACUUUUCAUCUCAAUUCAAAAUAUUGUUACUUUAAAAAAAAAAUCAUUUUCAAAUAUAUUUUCUUGUGUUGCCUUCAAAUAAAUUUUUUUAUUGAUAAAUAAAGAACAUUAUGUCUUAUAAAAGUCUUUCCUUUAAAAAACAUAAAAUAAUUAUUUUUAUCAUAAUAUUAAGAUAAAUUUUUACAUCAUUUCUCCUUCUCCUUUGCCUUUCUCAACUCCCAAUGCAGCCUAGGCCACUAACACUAUCCUUCUAUGCCUUCCUAUUUCCAUCUAUCUUCUCUAACUCUUUCCAAUCUUUUCCUAUCAUUGGUAAGGGUAUAAACUUAGUAUAUGUCAAAUUCACUUAUGCUUUAUAGUAUUUAAAACAUUCAUGUAAUACCCAUGCUGCAUGUCCUCUGUUGUUCAAAUAGGCCAUUAGGGAAAUGAACAAUUAAGUCUAUGUGAUUUUAUUAUGAUGAGAAUUUUUGCAUAUUUCGUUUCCCCACUUAAGUGCGAUGUAAGCCCAAAUGUGAAAAUGGAGGAGUUUGUGUAUCACCUGAUCUGUGUGUAUGCAGCCCAGGAUUCUUUGGUUCCAGAUGUCAGAAAGGUAAAUAAAUACACAAUUACCUGAUAAUUAAUCUCCUGUAUGAAGGCAAUAUUUGCAUACAAAUGAGUUAAUUACACCUUUCUUAUCUGCUGAAUAUUCUAAAUAAAAAAAUGCUAAAAAUAAUUUGUUUCUUACAAAUAUUUUUUUAGCGGUUAUAAAAAGUUAAUAUCUUAAAGUGCAAAAAAAAAUAUUUGUGGAGUGGUAAUUAAUUAAAGAUUUGAAACCAUUUAAAAUUCAAGUUCCCUAUUCAAGAUAAAUGAUACUUGAAAAAAAAUGAUGUUAAAAGAAAUGAACUUUUUCUUCUUCAACAACAAAUUUUCACUAAGAUUUAGAUUAUAUCUCUUAUGAUGUUAUGACAACUAGAGGAGCUUCACAAAAUUUACCUUUCUAAUAUUUCAGUUAAAUGCAAGAUUACUUGUUUGAAUGGUGGAACUUGUAUAGCACCCAACAAAUGCCAGUGUCCACCUCCAUUCUAUGGCAGAUUUUGUCACAAAGGUAAAGCCAACUUGAGAGUUAAGUUCAAUACACACUUUGACAUAGGCAAUUUUUUUUAAAAAUCAUAAAAACAAUGGUUUUAAACAGCUUUCAGCAAGUUUCAUCAUGAAACUGACUUAAGAUAAAUUAGGUAGAGUAUAAAUUAUGAGAAAGCAAUACAUUUAAGAGUGCUUUUUUUUUUUUUCCCCCCAUUGACAGAGAAAUGUCAGCAAAUGUGUCAUAAUGGUGGCAGGUGUCAAAAUGGGAAGUGCAGAUGUCCUCCAGGUUUUUAUGGAAGGCGAUGUGAAAUGAGGCAAACAAAUUUUUUUUUGUUUCUAAUAUUAUAAGUCAAAUAAUUUUGCUCCAAAAAUUUUUUUUUGAUUGCCAUGAACAAAGUAAAUUCCAUUGGACUCGGGUUUUUAAAUUUAAUUUUAUUGCUUUUAUUAUUUUUUUAAAAUUAACUUUUAUUAAUUUAAUGGCAUGAAAACUCUGUUACAGACAAAGCAUAAAGGGAAUUAAAAAAAAAAUAAAAACAUAUUUUAAAUAACAAGCAUUCAUGCAGAGCUAGGAUAUUAUUUUAAUCCUAAUAUUUUUGUAAACUGUUUCUUUCCUUUGGGUUUUCAGGAUAUGUAAUUAUGAAGAGUUUCAAGUCCCGCACAGAAAGACUUAUAGAAAAAUCAUACAUGAACAAUACCCAGUCCCUUGUGGGAUCUGGUCUGAAAAGACAUGUUUUAGGACUAGGUAAGCAACUAGCAAGCAUCUGAGGCUUACAGAUGUGUAAGAAAUUAUUUGAUUUUAUUAUUGCUAAAUCAUAUUCUCUCCAUCCUUGACAGAGACAGAAGAUUUU